AUGGCACCAAAGACUCGGGAAUUUUGGAAAUUGGCACCAAAUACUUGGGAAUUUCAGAAAUUGGCACCAAAGACUCGGGAAUUUCAGAAAUUGGCACCAAAUACUUGGGAAUUUCAGAAAUUGGCACAAAGACUCAGAAUUUCAGAAAUUGGCACCAAAUACUUGGGAAUUUCAGAAAUUGGCACCAAAUACUCGGGAAUUUCAGAAAUUGGCACCAAAUACUUGGGAAUUUCAGAAAUUGGCACCAAAGACUCGGGAAUUUUGGAAAUUGGCACCAAAGACUCUGGAAUUUUGGAAAUUGGCACCAAGGACUCGGAAAUUUCAGAAGGGUCUUACAUUUCUACGCUGCAGGAAACGAUAAGAAAAACUGUAAAUAAAUUAAUUUCGGAAAUUGGUACUAAAGACUCGGAAAUUUUAAAAAUUGGCACCAAAGACUCGGGAAUUUCUGAAGAAUCUUUAUUGUCUACGCUGCUGGAAAAGAUCCACGAGAAGGAAGGCUCUCUUGUGAAGAACUGACGAUAAUUCAAAAUCUGCUUGAAGGUUUGUAUAAUCCUGUACAAAAAUAAUAAAAGUUUAUGGUUAUUGACUUAAUUGCAAUAAUAACUCAUAC